AUGUCGAGUUGUGCAUUUACGAAAAGAAUGAGGAUAUCGGAGGCACUUGGUUUGAAAACCGAUAUCCCGGAUGCGCGUGUGCGCGAGAAGUUGGACUCACACAUCGUUACUCCAGAUAUCCCGGCCCAUACAUACCAAGCGACCUUCGAGCCGAACAAAGAGUGGUCUUCGUUCUACGCUCCGGCGCCAGAAAUCCAUCAUUACUGGAAGCGAGUUGCGGGGAAGUACGGAUGUUGGAAGUACAUCAAACUGAAGCACAGGGUUUUGGACGCAAGCUGGGACGAAGGGAAGUCUAAGUGGAAACUGCAGGUUCAAGAUGAUGCUGGAACGUCUCACCAGGAUGAAUGUAAUGUCCUCAUCCAAGCUACAGGUUCUCUCAACAAUUGGAGGUGGCCGAGCAUCCCUGGUCUACACGAUUUCAAAGGGAAGUUGAUGCACAGCGCGGCCUGGGAAACGGACUAUGAUUAUACGAACCAGAAUGUCGCCAUUGUCGGCAAUGGCUCUAGCGGAAUUCAGAUCCUUCCGGCAAUGCUGCCCAAGGUGAAUCACAUUGAUCAUUAUGUCAGGUCACGUACCUGGAUUUCACCCACCUUUGCGCGAGAAUAUAUCGACAAGCGCUCCGGGGACACACAGAACUCAGUUUCAUUCAGCCAAGAGGAGAUUGAUACGUUCAAGAAGGAUCACGCCGCGUAUCAGCAAUUCCGCAAAGAGGUCGAGCUCCAGCUCCAGUCUAUUCACGGUACAACCCUCCUGGGUAACCCCACGCAACUUGCAGAACGCGAUAUAAUAAUCGACAACAUGAAAAAGCGUCUCGCAAAGAAACCCGAGCUACUGGAUGAAUUGAUCCCUUCUUUCCCAGUAGCCUGCCGCCGCUUAACCCCAGGACCUGGGUAUCUCGAAGCCCUGGCCGAUGAAAAAGUGGCGCUCAUCAAAUCUAACAUUAUACGGGUCGACGAAACCGGUAUCGUCACCGAAGAUGGAAAUCACCGACCGAUUUCCUGUGAGAGGGCGUGGGGGGGAUCCUUGGCCGACCGUUGGAAGGAAUCCACAGAGACCUACUUGUCUAUCGCGACAGAUGGGUUCCCUAAUUAUUUCAUCUGUUUUGGCCCCAACUCCGCGGUCGGUGAAGGGAACUUGCUGCUUCUGUUCGAGAAGGAAAUUGACUAUUUUACGGAGUGCGUGCGCAAGAUGCAACGCGAUCACAUUGCUUCGAUGAGUGUUCGACCAGCGGCCGUUCAGCAGUUCGCCCAAUACUGUGACGAGUAUUUCAAAAGAACGGUAUUCAGUGCCCGUUGCCGCAGUUGGUACAAGGGUGGAGCGGAGAAUGGCCGAGUAACAGCGUUAUGGCCCGGAUCGUCGCUGCACGCCCUCGAGGCGUUCGCUCAUCCUCGAUGGGAAGACUACGAGUACGAGUAUGUGACUGGUAAUGCCUUUGGAUGGAUUGGCGACGGGUGGACCGAGAAUGAGAAAUACAACAGGAUCAACGUGAACUAUUUGGAUGACGAUCAAGUUGACUUUCCUCAGCCCGUGGACUGCGGUAGAUCAAGCCGUCGAAUAGCAUUUGGGCCGACCGCUGAUGAUCUCAUCUGUGACGACCCGAUCUUCUCUCCUCACUACCCCGGAUCUCCUCCCCGAUGGACCACCAUGGCGCCCGCCGACAAGCACUUUCGCUGCACAGUCUGUCAGCGGGGCUUCACGCGCGUUGACCACUUGAAGCGGCAUCAUCUUCGACAUUCGGGCCAAAAACCCUACUCGUGCGUGUUCUGCAACGAGGCAUUCGCGCGAUGCGACAAUCUUCGCGAUCACUACACUGAUUGUGCCAAGCGCGGAGACCGCAAAAUCCCAGAGACUGGUCAGAGGGGACGGAGGCGGCAUGCUUGCCAAUCAUGUACUUUGAUGAAAUUACGAUGCGACGGGCAGAGUCCUUGUGGCUCUUGCGUCAAACGAAACCUCGAUUGCAAUAAUGAACGAAACACGCGCUCUCAUAACGUAUUCGAUGAAGAAGAGAAACCCGACAUGUAUGCUCCCUCUUCCGAUCGGGGGUCGAUCAAAUUCCUCCUCAACGGCGGCACCGAUAGCUUCAUCGAACAAUUCCGUUUGCCUCCGCGAACCGACCGCGGGCGGAGCCUCAUAUUCGAUAACCAGACGGACAUGGAAGAAGGCGCCGAAGCAACGCUCUCCUAUAAUAUACAAACCAACCGGCCGGACUUGAUGACCGGCUCGGUUGAUCCCUUCGAACUGAGUUCCCUUCAAUUCUUCCAAGAUACCUUCCUUGAUUUCUUUACAGGGCCCUUUUCAGGGCUCUCUACAGAGAGUCACAAGCCUACAGAUGAUCACCCGUUCAAUGAGCAACUAGCCUACCCUCCAUCUCUUAUAGGACAGCGCCCUCAGCUAGCGCUGUCAGCAGAGCAGGCUGUCUUUGAACCCGAACGCCCAUUCGCAAUGGCUCUGGUGCAGUCUAUCCUGGCACGGGCGUGGACAGUCCCGUUAGACGCGAAAGCCCAGGAGGAAAUAUCGGCCAAUCUAAAUCAGCUACUGACCACUGCGCGCAUCCGCAAAUUCAUAUCUUUCUACUUCAAGUACUGGCAAAAAAACUGUGCUAUGAUUCAUGCUCCUACAUUUAACCCAGAGACGGUAGGUCUGCCGCUCCUAGCCGCGGUUGUCUUCAUGGGUGCUAUAUACAGCACAGACCAGAGGGAGGUCUACAUGGCAAAACGAGUUCUCGACUUUGCCGAAUUAUUCAUUUUCUCGAGCAACAUCUACGCCUCGGAUUUCGAGGCUGCCUCGAUCUUCACUGGGAGCUCAAGUAUCGACGACGGCAGCGAUUGGAAUCAGUUUCAAACGUUUCUCGCGGGCUUCAUUAUAAUGGUAGUUCAAUAUUGGGCAGGGUGCCCGACAUCUCGCAAUCGCGCGAUGGAGAUCGCCCGUCGGUUAAAGUUAACCAAAAGCAGACAUCUUCCUCACGAGGGGGCAUCUGAACAGAUGUGGAUUCAGACUGAAUGUCGGAUUCGGACUAUGUCUUUCAUUUCGCUCCUCGACUGUGCAUUUCUCUUUUUCCAGAAUUACCCCUGCCGGUUGACUAUGUCCGACACGGAAUGCGAGUUUCCCUGCUCAGACGCUCUGUUCAAGUCAGAACAUCCUUUUGCUGAUCCGACAUUCCGACUCUCUCGCAAUCUCACGAUACGCGAAGCUUUUCAAAAUCUGUUCGUCGCUACUCCGUUCGCAUCUCCGCAACCGACACCGGAGACAAAUCGUAUGGACCUUAUCGUCCUGGACAUGUUCAUACUUAUUCACAUAUUGUUCGCUUUCAUUAAUCAACACAUGACUUUUGUCGGGUUAAUAAGACGUCACCCUCUAGCCAUACAGUCGGUACAGAGCCCUGGCGGCAGUACCGACAGCAAAAGCAUGAUUCCUGAGGACACGGUCUUGUCAUCAAUAAUGAUCGCUCUUGGACGGUGGCGCGAAUACUGGGCCGCGUUGCGCACCCAAGUCACCCAUGAUGAAUGGGCAUCCAUGGGAUUUUACAAGAAUGGAUACAACUUCUGGCUCGUGUCGCAGCUCCUUAUUACGAAGAAAGACGCAGUGGAAAUCAUCAUGAAAAUGGAGGUGAACUGCGAAGACAAACUGCAGAGGCUGGCGGUUUUAUUACAAAACGAGAAAGACUAA